AUGAUUACGAGCGAGAAUCAUAUGCAUCCUUCGUCAUCUUUUGGUUCCAUGCCAUAUUUGGGGGCUCGAUCCUUUAGUCAUUCAUUGACACCAAUGCGUUUUCCUGUGCAUUAUAGAACUCGAACUCCCUACCUCUCUCGUCGCACUUAUUAUCCUGUAAGAGAACUGGACAAUUACAACGAUUUUGUGGGAUCGAUUUCAAGUUUCAAAGCUCAAAAAACCAGAUCUUUAGAGCGAACUCCUGUUUCUGUAGGUAGCUAUACUCUUGACUUUCGGUCUCGACCUAUUGAGCCAAAUUACUUUUACCGAAGAAGCAGCACUCAUGAAUAUUUUGAACCAUCUACUUCUCCUGUUAUACCUGAAUGUUCUUUAAGGCAGAAUUUGUCUUUAACGUUUUAUUCUAAUUCUAGAGAUCUCUACGAAACUAAUUCACGACAUCUGAGAGGAAAUAGCCCUUCGCCUAGUUUAUCCACAAAUGUGGCUGAGUGCUGGGAUACCGUCGUUCGAACUGCCUGUGGUAGGGAUAGCUGUGGUUGUCAGAUACUUCGUAAGAAAACCGGCAAAUUGUUGGAAACUGAUUCGUGCGCAAAAACUGGUCAAAGCAAAGAACGUAAUCAGAAGAAGCAGACAGAUCUUGAACACUGGAUAUCUGAAAAUAAUGAAAAUACAUUUUGCUCAUCGCUAAAUAUUGUCUUACAGCGGCAACCGCGUACUGACUGUUUUGAUAAAUGCGGUUUUCCGAUAUCAAACAACAGACAAAGAAGCUCACAAUUAAGUGCCCAGGCUUUCUCAGAUAUUGCCGGUAAUAAAUUAGUUUUGUCACCUAUAAGCACUGCAUCAUAUUCGGGGAUUAGUUCGUCAAGAGGUACGUGUGGUACAGUCAAUAAAAUUAGUUGUACACCACAGUGCCGAAGGAGAUCGUACGUUUCUGCUGGUACUUGGAGCACUAGCGCUGCUUCUUUUGCUGCUGAACUUCGUAGUACCUUCAUGUCAAGAAAUGACUGCUUGCCUAAAAAAGUUUUGCUACCAACUAGUGUAGGCAGUAAUUCUCUAGAAACCUCAGCAGCAAAACAAAAAACUGUUAAAGCAGAAGCGUGCAUUCAGAUUGGUACGCUUCCUCGUUCUAAUCAAAAUUCGGUGCAGUCUAAAAUAGAUUCUGCACGUAUGAGGCCUCCUUUACCUCCUAAUCCACCAUCAAAAAGCCGUUUACUCAGAUACUCUCAAUCUGUCAAUGAACGACGAAAGCAAAGAGUUGCAGUUCCUUUGAAUUCCUCGUUUCACAUUGAGUUUAUCGAUGGAUUUCAAUCCAGUGAAAGCCAGAAAAGGAGUGAAAGUCGUGUAAAGGCAGCUCCCAGUGUGCGUCUGGGAAUGCCUUCCGGGCAACCUGCACCUGGAAGAACAGGCAUCACAAGUGCAGGUACGACUUCAACAAUAAGCAGCCAGCAAUUCACGACCACAUUUGUAAAGAAAAAGAAGUCUAAAAAGGAUAAAAAAUCAAAACUAAGAAAAGCGGAUAUCAGCAAUCCGACAAAUUUUCAGCACAAAGCGCACAUUGGUUGGGAUGCUGAAGGAGGUUUUUCUCAAGAAGCUUAUGAUACAGAACUAAUGGAUGAUAGCGUCAGGGAUCUGUUAAGAGCAGCUGGUGAAAAUCCAGACAGGAUGACAAAGGAUGAAAUUGAUUUCACGUACCGUUUUAUUGAUCAGUAUCAAAAGACGGGGGGUGCAGCAGAUGCAGUUGUAGUGGGUGAGAUCCCUCCAUCUGCAGAAGCACCUCCACCUCCAGCUCGUCGAGAUAAACCUCAGAAAGCUUCACGGCCUGUUAGGCCAGUAUCGCAGGCUCCAACGCCAAAUCGUCCUGCCGAUACUCCUCCUGCGCCGCCAGCUACAACGAUACCACAUGCUGCGGCAGAAGUUAAAGCGCCAGCUUCUGAUCUUCCACCCACUUGUACGUCUGCACCUCCCCCUCCACCUCCUCCACCAAUGAGUGCUCCUGCUCCCACCGCUUCAGAAGAUGGUAAAGGUGGUGGCGAUUUGUUAAGUCAAAUCAGAACUGGUACUUCCUUAAAAACUGUAAGUGCAGAUGAUACUGCUAAGCCAGCAGCGCCAGCUUCAAGGGACGAUGUUAUGGCACAAAUUCGGCAAGGCACUACGUUAAAGCGGGUUGAUAGAGCGGCACUGGAAGAGAAAAAGACCGCGAUACCUAUAGAAGACAUUGGAGGUAUUGCAGGAGCAUUAGCAAAAGCUUUAAGAGAUAUCCGUGAGAAGGUGCAAGACUCUGAAGAGUCGUCGGAAGAUGAAGAUGAAAAUAAUGAUGACGAAUGGGCAUCUGAUUAA